CGAAGCAUCUGCCAAGAACACAUUCGCGGCGUAUCUUCAUCAACCAGAUAGUUGCUAGUUUUGCAGUAAAAUAGUGUACCCGUAGGUUAAAAGGAACUUUCAAGGCAUGUUUAGAGUCAUAGUUUAUCUAACCGCUUUUCUAACGAUUUUUAAAAUACAUUGUGCAGUCGCAUUCAAUUGCGAUGCAGAACAGUCCUCCAUAGAGGGUAGACUACAGAAGCAGUUAUUUUGCACGGAUUACGACAAAUCACAACGCCCUGUAGAGCACCACGAAACUGCCACCAAUGUUUCUAUAUCGAUUUACAUGAAAAAUUAUGCCUUGUACGAAUAUGACCCUUCAUUGCAUAUCUCCAACUGGUUAUCAGUUAGCUGGAAGGACGAAUUUCUAACCUGGGACAGAGCGGAUUAUGGCAUAGACAUGCUAAACGUGGAUGAAAGCGAGAUAUGGCGUCCAAUGAUCACUUCGUACAGCAAGAAGCAACUGAACACGAUAGACCGAUCAUGUAACGAUCAUAAAUGCGAGCUGAAACAUACUGGUGAAGUUUCCUGCAUAUCUCCAUGCACCUAUGAGGCACACUGCACGAGUACGAACAUCGAUUGGCCGUUUGAUGUCAUGGACUGCAGGCUGUAUUUCAGCAGCUGGUUGCAAUAUAAGUCUGAACUAAACAUGACUGGAGCGUCCAACGUAUCAACAAGUUAUGUUACUCAUAAUCAUUACUCCUGGAAAUUACUGUCAGCUGAAAAGGAAAACUCCAAUCAUUCCGAUGACGACACCUAUCCCAGUGUGGUAUAUGUGUUCAAGUUCGAACGCCAUAUGGGUUUAUAUACGGCUAUUUUAACGCCGGGAUUUUUGCUUGUCGUUUUAAGUUGGUUAGUGCUUUGGCUGGACUACAGUAGCUCCGAGCGCCUAUACAUUCUGUACGCAACCUGUAUUGGUCACUUCACCUUUAUGGAGUUCCUGUUCUGGCACCAGUCGCACCAAACCGAAGAUGUUCCGAAAAUGCUGCUUUUCUACCGAGAUUCGCUGUUUAUCAACGUUUUCACUGUAAUUCUUACCAUCAUUUUGAAAUAUACCAACCCUAAGCCCCACAGCCCGGAGCGACUAAUAGACAGAUGGGCCUUCAGGGUGGCUUCAACUAGUUUGGGGCGUGUGUUGCUGCUAAGAGGACAUUUCAUUGGCUCAAAGAGAACACUUCUACGCGAGGAAAAUGAGGAAGGCAAGGAACACUACAAUCACGCAGGAAAUGGUAAUGGCGAUACGAUCAAUCUAGUUAUUGAUCGCACAAAUGGCAAUGGUUCCGUUGACGCGGGAACAGAGAAAUACCAGCAUGAUUUAAAGAUUAUGUUUAUAGAUCGAUCAAUGCUUUUGUGCUGUUUUGUUAGUUACGUUAUCAUGAUUAUCAAUUUGUACCCAAACAAACAUUAAUGGUGUUAAGUUCGUACCAGAACAAACUUACAAGCCUGUAAAGGAAAUAAGAAAUACAACACAUUGCGCUUUGUCA